AUGUGCAUCAAGGCCACUCAGUGGGCAUUUAUGUCUGAAGCUGCACAGACCUGCUGCCUGCUAGAAGCUGCUUUGAAAGAAAUCACUCUAACUGUGAAUAGUUUCUGUCCUUUUGGGCGUGUCAGUGGGUUUGCACAAGUUGAGCUGACUCUGAAACCCGAGUUGAGGAAGCACAGGUGGGAGCAGAUGAUCCUGCCUGUGCUGCUCAGCUCACAAGCUCAGAGUCAGGUCCUUGCAGGGCCGAAAUUCUACACUGCUAAAUUCUCUGAGACACAUAGGCAGAAGGUUCAUUACUCACUUGAAUUCCUUGUGGAUAAUCCCACUCCCACACCAUUUUGUGAUCUUGCCAAUAUCAACAAUCCCGGUACUUCUAAGAAAGUAAAUAAUUCUUUAAUAAAAGCACUACUGAUUUGCUAAGAUAAAAAUUCCACAUGGCAGAGAGACAUGGAAGACAGGUUUAUUGUGCUGGACAACCAUGAAAGUAGGUCAGAUACAUGCUUUCUGCAGAUUCUUGAUGGCUGUCACAGUGUGACAGCUACAGAAACAAUUGUAGCAAAGCUUCCACUUCUAUUUCUUAAACAGCUUUCUCACAUGGAUUCCUCCCACAAAAAUAAAAAUGACAAAGAGCAAAUUCUAGAUUUUGCCAGACUAAUCAAGCAGAUUACAGGGAAAAAGAGAAGAACCAGGCAACGAGGAGACCGACAAGACCAGUCUAUUAUGAAAGCGUAUGCUAAGUCCUUUUGGAGAAUCAGAUUUUUACAGCUGGGAAGGAAUGAGGUUUCCAAAGUUCACUGGAGUGGCUGUUCAGGGAAAAUAAUUCCUAGAGAAGAGAUGGAUGGCACUGGGGAAGAAGAAAGAAAACAUCCUGAAAACAACACACACAGCCCAUUAGCGAGGACAGCCAAAGGUGUUGCUGGGCUACUGCACGUUGCUAUUAUAGUACCAAUGAAGUAAAUUCAAAGAACAGAGAUACACUGCUCCAAUUCUAACACACAAGGUGACUCUGAAGAACUCAGUUUGACAACAGAAAUUUUUAUCCAAGUUU